GCCUAUAUAAAAACUCCUCAUUUCAGUUUUUACAUUCAUUACGUAGAAGACAGAAACAGGUGUGAAUAAAUUAGAAUGUUUCACCAAAAGAAUGUAUAUUUCAUAUUAUUUUUGGUAUAUUUAAGUAUUGGUACGAUCCAUACCCAGUUAAACAAAAAAGAGUCGCCCAAAAAACGUACUGAAAAAAGAAAAGACCCGCAAACCGUUGUUGUGGUGAGAGAGGUGAAACCCGUAAACGGAAGAUACCGCGAUGAAUCAGAAGAGGUUGAUGAUGAAUUUCAUGAAGAUAUGCGAUCGUUUCAUGAAGGCGAUGUGCUGGAUGAUGUCAGUAAAUCUGGCCCAGAGAGGAAGCGAGAAGCCCAAGCCCGUUCGUUAGGAGGCUUGGUCAUUAACAUCGAUGGCUUACUAUCCGGAGCCAAAUUUGUUCCUGAAAACGUUUUUGGACCAAAAUAUAAAACUCAUCUUAUAGAAGAACCAUGUACUCCAGUCGGAUUCCCGUACAUUUGUGAACUGCGUGAAAUGAUAGACAGAAGAUACAAGUGCCCUGUUAAUAUUCCUUACUGCCAAAGAAUUCCAUGCGGCGGUAAUCCUGAGUUCAACACAGAUCAAUACAAGUGCUUAAAACAACCUGGAUGCUGUUUUGAUGAAGUCUUGUACAACUACAGAAGAUACUACGGACAGACUGUCUUACCAAGAGUACCGGUUUGCCACAUGGCUGUGCGGAAUCAAUAUUUUCAUAGGGUAGCAAGACAAUUCGCCGAUCGAUAUCGAUCGUGGAACCCAUUGCUGACGAGUUGUUUAAUAAAGUCCCAUAGGAACAGAAUUGAGAAGAAUUUGAUGGAAUGUCAAACUUUGGACAUUUUGGAAUAUUUUGGAUAUAAAGCAAAACAUGCUGGAUGGAAUGAUAUCCUUCCGAGGGAAUGUGGGUUAAUUGGUGGCUGUUGGAGACCAGGGUUCGGAUGCUUCUAUCCUCCUCGUAUGACACAUAUUCAGUUACGAUCUUCAUACGAACAUCCCAUCUAUAGACCAUACUCUCCGUUCGAUCUGUAUGGUCAGCCGAUGUGUCGUCCAAUGGAUCCAUACGCUAAUUCAGAAGACUUUUUGUCGUCAUAUCAUCAGUGUCUAGCAUCCGGAUGCCAAUUGGAUCCCGCAAUGACUCCUAAUGUUAUAUUAUAUCAUCUUUAUAAUGUAUCUUCACAGCUUCCUCGACACUUAGUCAACAGUUUCAAGUAUGAAAUCAUGUUAGGAAAAGUUAGGCCUGACAACUGGAAAGAACAGCAGAAAAACUUUCUCAAAUAUGGAAAAAUACAUCCUUACGCAUACACUCCAAGACAAGGAGGACCCAAUGCUCACGCUAAUAUACCUAAUUAAAUCGUUAACCUUCUGGGAAAAUUUCCUGGCCCAGCUGCCCCAAUGGGUGCUCCAAGAAUGUCAAUGCAACCUAGAUCAUUCAAUGUUCCACCUCCUCAAACACCAUUGCAAAAUCCCUACAUGAUGCUUUCUGUGAUCACAGGUGGUCAAAUACCGCCGCAAACAUCUGCGCCUGCUUAUCCCCAUCUCCACUCGCAAUUUCGGAAUCCCAAUCCAAACGCUUUAAUAAGAUCGAAUACGAUGAUACGACCACUUCCAAAUAUACAACCAGUAGGUCCUAUUGGUUCUCAAAGACAUUUCCAACAGCCGUUUCGACCAUCUUAUCCAGGUGGAAGCACGCGAUCAGGACCAAGUCCAAGAAUAACCUUAUACCCGAUGCCUUGCCCGUAUACCAUUAUCAGAAUCCCAAACUUUCCUGCUCUGGAUGGCAAAGUAGACGGCUGUUGCGAUAGAAAUUUAUGCUACGUAGGACGUGAAACUGUUCGACAACAAUAUUCCGGAGCAGCAGCCUAUUGGGGACCAUGGGGGUUCUGGUCGAGAUGCAGCGCACCAUGUGGAAAUGCUGUUCAAAAGAGAUAUCGUACGUGCGUUGGACCUCAACCUAUCUCGUGCGCAGGACCCAGGGAAGACAGGCGAUCGUGCUACAAUUUACCCCGAUGCAACGAAAAGACUUCAAAAUGGACUCAGUGGACCUCAUGUGACAGGUCAUGUGGAGGUUACCGCGUACGAACUAGAAAAUGUUUGAGUUCGAUAUGCCAGGGAGAGAUGAAAGAAAGAAAGGCCUGCCCAACCGAAUGCGCAAGAUCAAGAAAAAAAAAGAAAGAUGAGAAUAAGAGAAAGAAAAACUAGUUUCCUGUUAUCCUCGUUUGUUUAUGUUUGUUUUUCUGUUAAAAAACUCAAAUAAAUUGAGUGCUUUUGAUAAUUGGACGUAUUAGAUAACUGAACUUUUUUGGAAUGCAUACUUCAUUCAGGUAGGCAUACUACGUACCCCUUCUAAGGUUUGCGAAAUUUUAACCAGCAUUUCCGAGCAGUGUUCACUUUCGAAAUAUUAAAUUUGAAGUUCACUAUCGCGGCGUGCACAAAUGUCCAAUU